UCUCUCUCCUCUCUCUCUCUUUCUCUCUCACUCUCUCUCUCUCUCUCUCUCCUUCCCUCCUACUUUCCACUCCGAAGUGUGAGAGCGCUGAGAUUCAGAAGGUGCGCCUCAGAUCCACUUUUAGUCAGCCUGAAGACGGCAUAGACGUUUCCCCUCCUCUCUCACGCUCUCACUCUGUCCCUCUCUCAGUCUCUCUCUCUCACUCGCUCACUUUCUGCAGAAGCACAUGGACUAAAUUUCCUCCAGAGAGACAGAGAAAGAACUAAAAGAAAAAUACAAUUUGUUCCACCUGUAGUUGGUGAAAAUAUUAGAUUUUUUCUGUUGUUGUUGUAGUCCCCCCCUCCCUUCCUCUGCACAUGUAAACAAACUCAGCUUUAAAAACAGAGGCAUUUCUACGUUUUUUUCUUUUUGAAUUCCUUUUUUUUGGUUAAUAUUGACUGAUCUGAUACCAUCCCAAUUUCUCCGUGAGGCAUGCGUGGCUGAAGGAGGAGAGGAGCCAGAGGACCCACCUGAAAUUACCACCUCAGUGACACCUACACACAUCACAUUCCUCCAUCUAACCUUCAACGCUCGGUGGAGAGAAACGCAAGUUGCUAGAGGCUGAGCCUGGAGCCUGGGAGCCUAAUGACCAUGCUGUUGGCUCCUGUCUGUGUGCUUCUGCUGCUGGGAGGCCGUGUCCUUGGGGGAGGCUACCCCCCCAUGCCCCAGAUGAAGUACAUGCAGCCCAUGAUGAAGGGCCCCGUGGGACCCCCCUUCCGAGAGGGCAAGGGACAAUACCUCGACAUGCCACCCAUGAUGGACGUAAAGGGCGAGCCAGGGCCACAAGGAAAACCUGGACCCAGAGGCCCAUCUGGGCCAUCAGGACUUCCGGGAAAACCAGGACUGGGAAAACCAGGUUUCAAUGGCCAGCCUGGCCCUCAAGGGCCUCCAGGCUUUCCCGGCAUUGGGAAGCCCGGACUUCCAGGUCUCCCAGGAAAGGGGGGCAUGAAGGGGAUGCCCGGGAAUAAUGGCGAGGUUGGGCUCCGGGGUGAACCAGGUCCCAGAGGACUUCCAGGUCAACCAGGUCUCCCCGGGCCAGCUGGCCUGUCUCUGAAUGGUAAACCGGGGCUUCCCGGUGGCAGGGGCCAACCUGGGUCUCGUGGAGAACCAGGACAGAAAGGUGGACCUGGAAAUCCCGGGGAGCGUGGAAUCAAUGGGGAGAAUGGCAAUGGGAAGCCAGGGAUACCAGGACCCAGGGGCCCCAUCGGGCUUAGGGGCCUACCAGGGCCAGCUGGUAUUCCAGGUGUGGGCAAACCAGGACUGAACGGGCUUCUUGGUCCAUCUGGGCCUAAAGGGGAUCAGGGGCUCCCAGGAGGAAUAGGAGAGCCAGGUGAGGCCGGCAUUCCAGGGCUGCAAGGCCAGCCAGGACCCAUUGGAUUGGGCAAGCCUGGUAAUGAUGGAUUGCCUGGAGGACCAGGUCCACUUGGGCCUAAAGGUGAGCAAGGGCUGAGGGGUUCUCCAGGGUUUCCUGGAACUCCUGGCUAUGGCAAGCCUGGUCUAUCUGGGCUGAAAGGAGACAAAGGCCUUUCCGGGGGACCAGGGGUACCUGGGGAUAAGGGGGAGCCUGGGAUUGAGGGGCAGCCAGGAGACAUGGGUCCAGAUGGACACCCUGGACCACCAGGAUUACAGGGCCCCAUGGGGCUCCCAGGAAAACACGGCAUGCCCGGCCUGAAGGGAGAGUUGGGUCCCCAGGGUCAUCCAGGUCUGCCAGGGUUCAGAGGGGAUCAGGGUCCCGGUGGUCUGUCUGGAAAACCUGGCAUUCCUGGAGACAAAGGCCCGCCGGGUCCUAAUGGGGCUAUCGGAAAACCAGGGCCCAAAGGUGAAGCAGGGCACAUAGGCCUGCCUGGAAACCCAGGUCUUUUAGGCAAUCCUGGACCAAAAGGGGAGUUUGGGUUUGUUGGGUCUCCAGGACCAAGAGGCCAGUCUGGUAUCCCUGGUCUUCAGGGGCCUUCAGGGCCAAUGGGGCCACAGGGUAUCCCAGGUCUGAAGGGCGAAUCUGGACUGCCUGGUCUUCCAGGGCUGGGCAUGCUUGGAGAAAAAGGAGUUCCUGGUCCUCAAGGUCCCCAAGGAAAACCAGGCAACUCUGGGCUCAACGGCAACCCAGGCCCACCUGGGCCACCCGGGCCCCCUGGCCCUGCAGGAAAUGGCCAAACCAUCGUGGCUGGGCUAACGGAUUCUGAGUUGGGCGGAGGCGAGGUACCAAACGGUAGGAACCCAAAACCACAGUUUGGCCGUGCAGAGCUCUCUGCCUCCCUGGCACCAGCAUUUACUGCCAUCCUCACCACACCCUUCCCUCCCUCCGGGAUGCCCAUCAAGUUCGACAGGACCCUGUACAACGGGCAGAAUGCCUACAACCCUGGCACCGGUAUCUUCACCAGCCCCAUGUCUGGCGUCUACUACUUUGCCUACCACAUGCACGUAAAGGGACUCAAUCUGUGGGUGGCGCUGUACAAAAACAAUGUUCCCGCCACAUACACCUACGACGAGUACAAGAAGGGCUACAUGGACCAGGCGUCCGGUAGCGCCGUCCUUGAGCUGAAGGAGAACGACCAGGUGUGGAUGCAGAUGCCCUCGGAUCAGGCUAACGGGCUCUACUCCACCGAAUACAUCCACUCGUCCUUCUCAGGGUUCCUGCUCUGUCCCACAUAACGCCUUGCUAGUCAACUAUCUCCUAGGGUAACCCCUAGUGUCCCUAUAUAAUAACACCUGCAGCCAUAACAGAAUAACACCACCUGUAGAAUGUUAUCAUCAACAGCAUCAACAAGGACAGAGAAGACUCUGUGAAGGAAAGACAGAAAGAGUUAAGUAACAGGAGAAGGAUACUUCAUGCUGUGCUCUGUGUUUUUAUCUCGUUCUGUCAAAUGUCCGUAUUUUUGUUAUUUUUUGGGUUGUUGCUUAUAUUAUUAUAAUUAUUGUUAUUGUCAUAAUUGUAUUAUUUUUAUUUUGCCGUUGGCGUCAGUAUUGCUGUUGUUUAUUGGAUUCAGACUUUUAAGUCCCUUACUUUGUAAUGCGUAAGUAACAGUUAUUAGACCUACCCAUGUGACUGCAUAUCCUACUCAAAUGCUCUGAUCAGUAGGAUGACAUCGUCGGACCCUGGGGCUCCGAUUGGUUCUCCUGGCUGCAGUCACUUCCUGCACAAAAACCUCCCAUUUCCUCCCGUGUGCUUGUCCAACAUUUUAUGUCAAGAGCUUCCUUAUUUAAAUAAAUAUUUCACAUAAAGAUGUACCAUUACACAUACAGUAUGAACAGUGUAUUCAAUAAACAAAAUGUUCACAUUUAAAAAAAAAUGAAAGACCUGCUAUAGGGAUCGAUGGAUCGUUGUUUAUCAGUACGCUCUGACGUUUUGACGGUCAACUUCCAGUUGUCUGUUGGGUGAUAAUUUCCUGGUUCUAUAAGAGGCUUGUGCUGAAUGGAUUGGUGCUGAUAAUAGAAGCUGAUGGUUUUGGAUUGUAACUAUUACUUGAUCAAAAAUAAGUAAUUGGUGUAUCCAACUUGUGUCAGAUUCACACAAAUCCCUCUUUGACAAAGCAUCAACAUACAAACCAGUAACCUAAAGAAUUAUAAAUAUAUAGGACACAUUAAAUAGACAACUGAAUAAAUCUAUAAAUAAAUGUGUAAGUUAAUCAUUAUAUUAAUAAAUAUGUGUCAGCUAAUGGACAGAAAGAAUAGGCCAAAUGCAUUAGGAUCAAUGCCAUGUUUCCCUGCAUCGAUCCAUUCUGUGGAUAUUCCCAUUAAUCACGUGCACUGCAGAUCCCCUUAUUCAAUUCUCUAUGCCACACAUACAGUAUACCAUUGACAUCACUGCUUUUUGUGUCCACUAAUGCCAAGGCUGUGACCGAGCAAUCAAUGCCCUGGGGCCUUUCACAUUAACAUUUAGAGUGAACAUUCUGAGCGAAAGCUCAUGUGAAAAGUCUCAUUCCAUCUACAAACUACAAAUCUUUCAGCAUUUCUCAGAUCGACAACUGGCUAGAUGCCAUCCAACCUGUUCCUACAGAAUAACCCUUUAAAGGUUCAGAUCCAACCAAACGGGUGCAUAGGGUGCAGUUCAAAUGAUCUCCUACAUCUUACACAGCCCUCCCAGUAUAUGGUGCUAUGGUGUUGAACUCAUUGUGUUUAUACGCGUACAGUAACAAUUUCGAAUCCACCGUAAACCUCACCAUAACAAAGGUUAACCAUUAAUUUUCCAUCUUUAAUUACUGUACAUCGCCAACCAAAAUGGUUUACCCAUUGCUCAGUUUGAUGGAACAUCUGAUGUUGCCACAGGAUAUUCUUAGCCGAUGUCUUCUGACAGAAUAUGAAAGAGGGUGCACUUUCGGAAAUCAGAAUGCAUGGAUCUCCAAAUUAAUAAGUAAAGGGUGAGAGAGAGAGAGAGAGAGAGAGAGAGAGAGAGAGGGAGAGAGAGAGAGAGAGAGAGAGAGAGAGAGAGAGAGAGAGAGAGACCCAGUGGUUAUGAAAUCCUGAUUGCAUAACAGUUAACAUGGCUCUGCUAUUCUGGGAGAAACGGUGGGACAAAGGUGAGAACUGUGUUUGCCAUGUGAGUUUUACUGGUGCUGUGUGGGAUGAGGCUGUGGGGUGCGAUUGAUACACCCACCAUGUGAGUGUUUCCGGCUGUAUCUCUUUCUCACUGUGUGUAUGUGUCUGUCUGUUUUACACACACACUCAACUCCCAUCCGUUAAAACUUCACCUGAGUGAAUUAUGAACUUCAGAGACCAUGGACCAUGGACAAUGUUUUCUGAGUCAUUUGGGAGCAUGCACUUCUAGUCAAUAUUCCAGCAGUUUGAAUUGAAGAUUUGAUCCGGUUCAAAUAGGACGUGUGUGUCUUCAUGGCGAUUAAGUAAAUGGCCCUCAUAGCUUGGGAAAUGUCGCAACAGAGGAGAGGAAUUCUGUUUGAUAGAAUUAGUGUGCUACAUACCCACUGGCCACAGAUGUCAGUUCAACAUCUAGUUUUGAUUUACAUUUGGUUGAGUUGUCAACUAACGUUAACUCAAAGUGAAAUUAACAAAACAUUUAAUCAUGUCAUUGGAAUUAGAUUAAAAGUUGGGUAAAAAAAAAGAAAUGUCCUUAUGAGGAUGACUUUUUGCAAAUCCAAUUAGUUUUCUACAUUGAUUCCAUACCAUCACAUUGAUUUUGGGUUGGAAUUACAUGGAAACAAUGUUGAUUCAACCAUUUUUUCCCCAGUCAUGCAAAAGUGAGAAACAUACAAUAGAGAUGGGGGAAAUGUAUGCAAAGUAAGACAAAUAUAUUGUUGGAAACAACAUGCUAGACUUUUAAAACAAGGGGUUAUUGACUAACACUGGGCAGGUUACAAAUCAUGAAGGUAUUUUUGUGCAUUAAUUCUGUGAAUUUGGUCGGCAAACUGAGGGUAGACAUGGGAGAAUCUGGGACGGAAUGAACGGGACAAUAUCUAUCUUAAAGUCUUUCAUCUUCCAGUAACCUUGGGCUCAAGGUUAUAUCAUACAGUAUAUCACACUUCCUUAUUGUAAAUUCAAUGUAGGGAUAUCAUAUUGUAUGUUUCAAGAUUUAUAGAUAUUAAACACUUUUAUAAAUGACAACCCUGAUGAUAUUCAUGGUGAAAUUAGCAGACUGUUCGGUAGCACCCAUCUCUUUUCCUUUGUCUAUAUUUUGAGUUCUGCAACCGUACAACUUUUUAUCUAGUAUUCAUUUGAACUUAUCAACACGAAUUGGAGUAUUUAGAGUACUAUAUAGGUAGAAAACAUUUAACAGAAAAACGCUAGUUCAAUAACUAAAUUUGGACAAAAAUGCAGAUAGAAACUCAAGCUCUCAAAUACCAAAGAGUAUACCCUAUAUUCAGACUAGAACCUGACUCCAAUAUUAAAUCAAAAUGGAUAUGCAGCCCCCCCCAAAAACAAAAUAACAUCAUGCAUGUUGGAUUAUCGCUACAAUUGUCUGCAUAUUAGACUAAUCAAAACAUACUGUAUUGCUGUAACUGAAUAAUUGUUUUAGACAUCCUGGAGAAAUGGUCAUCGGUUUUGACUGAGUAGAACCUUGAGUCUCACAAUCAGUAUUUUAAAUGUAUGUAGGCCUAAUGGAGGCACUUUCACUGGUCUGUUUGUGGCCCCUUUUCUCUCAUCAUUAUCUGAACAUACCUAAAGCAAAGUCUAUGUAUCAUUAUUGUUGUGUGAGUCUACCAGACAAUUUAAGGCUUGUUUUGGUUAUGUACGGUAUGUUGUCUUUUUAUUGCCUCGUUCUUUCAGACAUUUGGAAUGCUGUUUAGGAGUGGAGUGGCUAGACUAUAACUCUCCUUUUUAUAAUCUUUGUCAUAGACAAUGUCACUUGGUUGCAGAGUUUGCAGUGCGUGUGCAAAAACAUUUUUCUCCCAAUGUACUGCCUUGAUUACAAACUGACUUGUUUUCUAUUCAAUGAUAAAAAAAAAAAAGAUACACUUUUUGUUUCUACUUUAAGCCUUGCUUCGGUUUUAAGGGAUAUUUGUUUGUUAUAGUUUGGAGAUAGAUACAAACAGUCAUUCCCAUUUGCACAUGACCUUAAUGAAGAUGUAUUUAUACAUUUGUUAUAAUUUAACAGGAAUGCCAAAAUCGACCACUGAAGCAUGGUAGAAAUGGUAUUUAACAGCAUUGAAUGAGUUAAGAGCAUUUAGAACAUGAAGUCAGCAUUCUAGCAUUGUUCGCGAAGGACUUUUUUUGUGAUUUUUUGUUAAUUUUUUGUGUGAUGUACAAUGUAUCAACCUAUAGGAUUAUUUGUCUUGUACAUGGCUAUUGUGUGCACUCUAUGCAAUAGAACUUGGGUAUAAAAUGCACUCUUUUAGCUAGAUUUUUUUUGGUCUGCUUAUACAAAAUUUACAGUACUUGAUUGUAUUGAUACCACAUCAAUAAAUACUUUCUUGUA